UCUACUACGUGCACAGUUAAGUAAAAUAUUAACCUGUUUCGUUUCAAGCAGCGUAUAGCACAGGGCAGUGCACUGCUUUUUUACCUUUCGAAAGAAUAAGGUCGGUUUUUACGAUUCACAACGAAGAAGAUAAAAGUUCGAUGAAAUUGUAUGUUGCUGAAAACACAAAAAAAUAUUUCGUAAAUGAAUUGAGGUGCGUGAAUGGAAUAGAAAAUAUAUGUAUUAGAUCUCAUUAAGUUAAUGAACUUAAAUGAUAUGAAACUGAGUGAUUAGUCUAGCUCAGGUCCCAAAUAAAGGAAUUUUCUUAGCAGCGCUUGCGUGUGAAAUCCUAUCGAUCGAAUAAUGCAGCAGUAAUGCGGAAGAUUUAUAUUUUACUUAAAAUCAGUAGCCUAAAAUAGCUAAUUUUGUUUAUAAAAUACUGUGAUAUAUAAUUUGUUAGUCUAAUGUUAACCGCAGAUAAAACAGAGUGUAAAUACUGGAAACCAUUUUGAUUGCAUAACAAAUAUGAAAUGAUGACAACAAUAGCAGUGCUUAAUGUUGUUAAUUACCUUGACACAUUUUGCUUUUAGGUUAACUCAGUUAUUUCAGUUUCAAUUAAGCGCCGGGACAAUAUAAAUAAAGUACAAUAAAUUUUACGAUUAUGGACUUUAUGUGACAAAUACAUUAAAAAAUGAGUUUAUUGCAAGAAUUCUCUGCUCUUUCUAUCCACCUGUCAUUGGGUUUGACGGUACUUAUUGGACUGACUGCCUCACAAUUUUCUGGUGCUAUCACCAUUGCUGCAUUACCCAUUUCUAUAAUAUCCAUCGUAUUGUCAGCUUUAUGUGGAACGUCCUUAAAUACGACUGAUACCACAUAUAAGAAACGAAAAUUAUGUGAUAUUUUAGACUUCUUUAAAAUAUGGAUCGAGGUAUUAGAACUUUUAGCUGCAUCAGCUACAUGUGCUAGAAUUGCGAGCGCAACUGUCGAUUAUAUUACCAACGAGAAGUUAAGAGAAUGGUUUCUUGGUAUAGAAUCGCAUUCUCUUGGUGAACCCUGGCCUGAUGUUUUAGGCGUUUCUGUGGUUAUUGUGGUUACAGGACUAUUUAUGUUAGGACUUGAGAAGUCGCCACUGUUUACGUCACUGUUACUCCUAACUGUUUUAAUCACCUUCGUAUUUUUUAUUUCGAUCGGAUGUGCAGAGACGAUUAUCACCUUAACGAAAUGGAGCGAAGAUUUUAAAUUAUGUUCACUGCAAUCUAUAGUAUCUGCGGCAGCAAUGUGUUCAUAUGGAUUUAUCAACACUUUUCCAAAAAUCACUAAACACAAAAUUUUAAAAAUAUCUACAAUGGUCCUGGUACCUUUAUUUCUGUACACGUUCACAAUAAUGGUUUUCACACUCAUGUCCCAUUAUAAGGAACUUUAUGGUACAGCGACUCCAUUUUUACGGAUAUUUGAACUGAGGGAUGUUGAUUGGGCCAGGCUGGUGAUGUCAAUUUGUAUCAUAUGUAUAGUGUGUCUAGCACUGACGGAAAUUUUUCCCAGUUUGUAUGCAUUAUUUGAGACGCUAGCCAGUAAAGAGUGGCAGAUUUUUUUGGCUUCUUUACAGUACAGAAAUUCUUUUACUGGGGCUCCCCUACUUACCAUUUUUGCUGCAGGUAGUUUGGCAGCGAUUUUAGCGUUUGCUUGCCCCUUGGCGUACCUCGUAAAAAUAUUAAAUGCAUCAACAUUAUUAAAAUGUAUCGUUAAAUCAUUGUUGGUGCUAUAUUACUACUAUCGUCCAGAAUUCAGAAACGAAUCGUAUUUAGUAAGCUCAACGAGCACCCAGUACAGCAAACUGAAGCAGUCCUCAAAAGGACAAAAAGGAGCUCCCCCAAACUUAAAAAAAAGAGUUUCCGGCAUCAUCUCCGGUUGGAAGAAAAACGUUUCACCUAACAGUAUUAAUUCUAACAAACAUCGCACUCCAAGAGCAGGAUCUACACAAGAUGAUGAAUAUUUACUUCUAAAUGAGUACUGUGACAAAUCUGUUGAUGUUUCAAACGAUGAUAGUUCAGAUGACAACGAGGAAAAAGAAUCGGUUUUGUCCAGUGAUGCCGAAGAUUCCUAUACUUCUACAGAUAUAGAUGUUAUAGUUCAAGAAUAUAAGGAUAAAAUACAGGUUGCAACCAUCGACAAUUUCAACGAAAAUAAAUAUCCAACGUAUGUAACAGCAACAACAGUAAUAAUAUUUUUAAUGAUCAUAGCAAUAGCUACAAUAAGUUUAUCUCAAGUAAUAGUGUGGAGACUUUAUAAUUUAUUGUGGCCGUGUUUUACAGUUUCUGUUUUUUCUACGCUUAUAAUAUUAGUAAUGCCCAAAAAUGCAUACCAGUCAGAAGAUGGACUACUGCCGAACUCUGUGACACCACUUUGUAACAUAGUUGCUAUUCAAUUACAUAUCGUUCUAAUAGCUACCUUAAUGACAGAUAUUUGGCCAGGAUUUAUUUUCUGGUUAUGUGUAGGGUGCCUUCUGUUUUGGAGAUGUGAAUGCUGUACCUGUGAUGGAUUGUUAAGCCAUAAUCAAAAAACGAAACUUAAUAUUACCGAAAAUAUCGCUGAGUAUACUGAUAAUUACGUUGAUACUAUUUUAAUAGCUAGAUGACAAGAGCAUGACGAUUACGAUGAAGAACAUUUAAUUUUAGAGUCGGAUGACGAAGAUAAUAUUUAAAAUUGUACAUUAUUUUGUAUAAAAUUUUUCAUUGUAAAUAUAUGAUUUUCAUAAUCAAAAUAAAGUAGUCGUAGAUUGUAGAUAUUAUAUAUUGUAAUAAUUUUUGCAAUACUCUGCAAUAAGUUUAGUUUGUUGACCAAUGAGAAAUGUUGUGUUUCAUGUAUUUAAA